AUGUAAUCAACACACGAAUAUCGGACUCUGAUUUUCUUCGAAGCUCCAUUAUCGUCUAAGAACACAAUGAGCUUAGCACUCAUCCAAAGCUAUUCCUCUGCCGACGAAGAAGAAGAAGAAUCAGCAGCAGAGAACCAUCUUCACGACUCUUCAGAUGACGAAGAACACAACCACAACGUCUCCGAUUACGCCUCCAAACCCUUGUUCCAAGUCCCAGAACCCUCCUCCCAUGACGGCUCUUCUCUCCCCUCCGCCCUCGACGUUUUCGCCGAAAUUUCGGGGCCGCCGGAGUUUCUGAACAAUUGUGUUGAAGAACCGGCUUCGGCUGCGGCGGGAGAUGAUGGGAAUCGGUGGCGGCACGGUCGCCGGAGACAUCGGAAGGAGAAGAAAGAUUUACCGGCCGGCACUGUAGUGGAGGCCAAAGCCCAACUCAUUGGAAUUCAUGAGCGAGUAAGAAGUGAUAUUGUGGGUAACACUCCUUCAGCAUCAUCUGUUCAACCUAAUAGUUCAACGAGCACAGCACAAGGAGGAGGCAAGCGCAUGGCAACUGCAACCAAUCCAAAUGUUGAAGAUGCAGCAGAGCUUCUGAGGAUGUGCGUGCGAUGUGGAAUACCCAAAACUUACUCUAACGCGAGGGGAAUGGUAUGCCCGGUAUGUGGUGAUCGCCCUCCUGCAGACACAGACGAUGAGCCUGUGAAGAAGAAGGGAUCCAUGAUUAAAGAUAAGGAGAAGAGUAAGAGGAUGAAAGGCCAAUCAUCACACGCCACUUGGAAAAGUGAGACAGAAAUGCAGCUUCGGCAGCAGUUUGAUUAGCAGGAUAUGUAGAGCAUCUUUCUUGGGUUUCCUUGGUAAUAUUACAUGAUGUAGGAUCUUGAAAGCACAAUUAUCGAAUUGUUGUAGUUCAAUCGGUUGUCAGCAGGUUUGUUAACACGAAGGUGCAUCAUGGCGUGUGCUUUGUCGUUCAGUCUUAGUUUCUGAAUGUGUUUUUCCAUGGCCUAUCAGUUUGUCGCUCAUGGAUAUUGCUGAAACUGUGUUUCUAUUGUUAAACCAAAUUUCUAGAUCAAGCAAGAUUGUACUGUAAACAUGAAUUAAUUGCUGGUUUUUGUAAUUUGAAUUUGAAUCUGAAGAUCAAAAAUCCCAAGGCUGCUUUGGA